GAAUCAGAAGGGGUACACUCGCCAUGUUCCGCAACAAGGUCCUCGUGCGCGCCGUCCCCGUCUCCGUCCCCUCCUCCUCCCCCGCACCGUCGCCGCCGUUCCUCCUCCGCCAGGUCUCCUUCUCCGCCGCCGCUCCACCCCUCGACCUCGACAUCCUCUGCUGCAGGCUGUCCAGCCGCCACCGUCUCGCGUGCCUCCCCCAGUCCCCGGCCGACGCCCUCGUGGUCUACCAGAGAUGCCAGUCUCGCGCGGCCGCCGAGGUGGCCUCCGAGAUCGCGGCUGCCUUCACGGGCGCCUCGGUUGGGGAGGAGGAGGAGGUGGUGUGCUCAGGCUCGCUGGUUGCAAAAGCGGUCGAGUGUGGACUGCGAUGUCUGAUGCUUGAGCGUGGAUGGAGCUUUGUCGGCGAGAGCAUAUACGUACAGUCGACGUUUGCUGCGACUGAGGAGAGGACUGAUCUGUGCGCGUUGAAUGUGGAAGUCAGAUCUGGACUAAAUGAUGAUUAUGAGUUUGUUGUCUCGCCUGAUGCAUUUCGGUUUACUGCACUUAAGAUCUCAGAUGUUGCUAGCUCCAGUGUGAUGGAAACGUUCCAACACACUAAGGAAGUAAGUUUGGAUGGUUGUAACCUCCAGACAGCUUGUGCAAUUCUUCCAACAUUACAGGAAGGCCAUGUGAUUGGUUUUAGCGAACUACCUCCUUCUGGACAGAUCUUGGACAGCUUUACAGAGCUUUGCUCAGUUAAGCAUGGUUUGGAGAUGAACUACAGUUAUCAUGCAGCAGUCAAACUGACAUACGGAGCUUCCUGCGAGAAGCAAUGGUUGCCUUCUCCAUUUGUCCUCCAAGGUCCAGGACUUCAACCUGCUCCAAAAUCUGUUAGAGCAUCAAAGGCAAUGUCUUCCAUGCGGUCCUUUAUAGAAUUGUUGAAAGCUUGGAAUUUCUUUGGUCAGAGUCAACUAGUAAUUAAGGAACAAGUGGUAGUUAACUGCACGGCUACUCUGCCUACUUGGGAUAAAGCCACAAGUAAACUGGCAAUACACACUGCAACAACCGAAAAUUCAGAGGAUCUUCGUUUAGUUCAUCCAAGUUUUAUGGCCAAAGACCAAUCACUGAGUUUAGACUUCCGCACCCCCAAACCAGCUGUCUUUUGCUCUUCGGCUGCCAAGUUGUGCAGUACCAAAGUUGAGAUAGCUCAGUCUCUGGAUGAUGCUGGCAUUGGCAAUGACACUCAUUCCAUCAAGCAUAGUUGUCAAUCACAGUCUGUUAUCCUAACCAGUUCAUUCAAAUCGCAAAUAACAUUAUUGAAGCCUUCAUUCAGUAGAAGUAAACUAGCAGAUAAAAACAAAAUGAGGUGUUCUUCUGAACAAUCUGAUGCUGAUAGUUCGAACAGAUCGAGUGAAACUUGCCUACCAAAAUCAUCACUUGGACGUUUUCCUAAAGCAAGCCAUGCUAAUCCUGUUGAUUCAUCAAGUGCACAUCUUCUCAAGCAAGUCAUUCAGGAUUGCUUUGUUAGGCAACCAACAAUAAAUCAAAUAUUUUUCCCAACACCUCCCUAUCUACCUAACUUUCAGACUUCUGGGAAUCCUAAAAGGAAGCAUGCAGAGAUUCUAGAAAACAGUGGUGAAGGAGGAACUGUAAAAGUGCACCAAAAGGAUUGUUGUGAAAAGAGGAACCUGGAUACGAGGAAGAGUAAAGAUUCUGCGCCUAAUGUCCCGCAAGACACAACAUCAGUGCUAGAUAUUCAGAAGGAUGUGCUUAGAACAAAAAUAAAACCGACAAAAUCAAAGUCUAUGGUUGUCAAGAAUGAGAUAACUGCCACAACAAAAUCGAAAAAAAGGCCAGAAGUUGUCAAAGACGAGCUGACCAAAAAGGAAAUAGAGCAUCAAAAGGAUGUUGCUAAAAAGGUGACAAAGGCAAAGCCAGUGAAUGCUAAGGAUGAGUUAACUUCAACAACAAAGACAAAAACAAAGCCAAAUGUUGACAAGGAGGAGUUAAUUGCGAAGGUGAUAGAUUAUCAUAAGCGAGGUGAGCUGCGUCUGCUUACAGUUGCUGAUCUGAAGUGCUUUCUGAAUGCAAAAAAGGCAAAAGUGGGAGGUUCAAAGGAAGUGCUUAUCCAAAGAGCAACUGAACUCAUUUCGUGACAGGACAGGGCAACAACUUAUGGGAGCUACACGCUACACAUAGUCGCCCGCACCAACCACAGAAACCGGUUUGGCCCUACAUUCUGCUGGUACCACAACCAACCGUGGCUAGUCAAUCUAAGACUGAACGAGAACAAACAAGUGUUGUUCCUCUAGGGUGGAAAUAUUGUACUUGAUCAAGAUAAUGGUUUUCCGUGGACCAGUUCAAGUACUUACAUAAUAGGCAGAAUUGUUGAUAUCAUAGUGAUGUUACAUACGGGUUGGUUAAGAUGGAGGGCAUCAACUUCUGAGGUCGCUAGUUACUGGUGCUCAUCACUCUCCGAGAAGCAAACAAAGACACUACUGUGCAUGGUAGAAUGUUCACUCAGUAUACUAGACAACCAUCAGAACAUGCGUCUCGAGUUUGGGAAGUUGGCCCUAUCCUAAAUGACUUUGUGGCAGCAAGCAGGAGCGGUGAAAAUGGAGGUUUUCGUCAGGAGUUAAUGGUUUAGGCGUGAGUUUUUGAUGCGUUGUAUGCGAUGACUUGAAACUUCUUGUAAAUUAUUUUGCUGCCUUCUAUAGAUCGAUGCUACUGGCAACUAGCCUUGAUUUUUCAUCAUAAUUAUGGUUCUACCAAAACAAUGUUGUAGGAUCAUGGUAACUGAUUGGAUACUAAAAAAAGUACCCUUUGCAUUUA